AUGGGGAAACACUCCAAGAGACUUAAAAUGCACUCAGGAGACGGAAAUCGAAGUAUCUGUGAACUCUUCCGCACGCGGCCUAGGCCUCAGAAGGUGGUGCCACCUGACAACUCCAGUUCUUCAUCCUCCGAGGAUGAGCUGUAAGAUGCUCCUCACCCUAUACCUGAGGCAGAACAAUUAACCUCUCACUUACACCCAGGGCCCUGGCCACCAAAGGAGACAUUAUGGACCUUAUGGUCAACAUCUGGGUCUUCUUUUGGGGUGAUCUGGCGGUGAUCCAAGAGGAGGUGAUGGCGGUCACAGAUAGAGUCAGGGCAACAGAGGAGGACAUCACCUCGCUCUCGCAAAACCAGACUGGCAUUUGA